AUUGUCAACAUUAUUUAAAUUCAAGCAAGCUUGUUAUUAUUAAAGGAAAAAUAGUCGCAGUGAUUUAUAGAUGUGUUAAAAGAGGUGCCAAAAAUGGCACUUUUUGUUUUAUUCUAAUUUUUUCAAGAAAAGUAACUUAA